AUGUUCCGCAGUGUAGCUAUUUUGUGCGCCGUAGCUGCAGUGUCCAAUGCGGGACUUCUACCUGCAGCUGUGCACUACUCCCUAGCUGAAGCUGUCUCCUCUCAAAGUAUUGUGCGCCAUGACCAACCACAAGCAGUUGCCACGAAACUGGUAGCCACCGCACCUGUGGCCAAGCUGGCCGUCGCCGCCCCCGCCUCUUAUUACAACGCCGCCUCCGCCUCUUAUUACAACGCAGCCCCAGCUGCCGUUACUUACCACGCUGCUCCUUUUGCUAAAGUUCUCACCCACCAUGAAGAAGAAAAUAUUGUAACCCUGUGCGCUGUAGUGGCGAUGUCCCAAGCUGGACUUCUGCCUGCGGCUGUGCACUACUCGCCCGCUGAGGCUGUCUCUUCACAAAGCAUCGUGCGCCAUGACCAACCUCAUGCAGUUGCUACAAAGUUUGUCGCUGCCGCCCCAGUGGCCAAGUUUGCUUUAGCUGCACCUGUAGCCUACCAGGCCGCACCUGCUGCCGUAUCUUACCACGCCGCUCCCGCUCGCGUAGCAUACAACGCCGCACCCGCAGCAGUUACUUACCACACUUCACCAGUGCGUGCGACCUACCAAUCCUCUCCAAUUCAUUAUGCUGCACCUGUCACUAAAGUUCUGGCCCAUCGUGAAGAAGAAAUUGCCUACCCAAAAUACGAUUUCUCAUACUCUGUCGCUGACGGUCAUACCGGUGACAACAAGUCCCAACAAGAGUCCCGAGACGGUGAUGUAGUGAAAGGAUCGUACUCGUUUCACGAGGCCGACGGCUCCAUCAGAACUGUGGAAUACUCCGCCGAUGAUCACAAUGGCUUCAACGCGGUGGUACACAACUCUGCCCCCACCGCUGCUCCAGCUGUCAUCAAGACUCCCGUCUAUGCCGCUCCCGCUCCCGCUCUCUAUUACAAACAUUAA